AUGAGUGAUCCCAAGUAUGCUUAUCCUCACCCUGCUCAAGGUUAUUAUCCUCCCGUGGCGGCACCUCCAAAUGUUCCUCCACCUCCCCGGAGAAAGCAUGGGUUCCGUAAAGGAUGCCUUGCAGCUUUGCGUUUUUGCUGCCUUAUUGGCGAUUGUUGCUUGGACGCCGGCGACAUUUUUAGUGGCUGA